UUCCGGCUGCAAAAAAAAAAAAAAAAAAAAAAAGCCCCUCCCAAAACCACACGGGAACGAUGCCUCUGCUUCGGCAGCGGCGGGUCCAGGCGGCGCUGCUCGUGCCGGCGCGGGGCUUCCUGGAGGCGCGCGUGCCGUGGGCGCGCGACCGGGCCCUCGACCACGCGGUGGAGCGGGAGCGCCACCUCGUGCCGUUCCUCGAGACCAAGGACGCACUCCUCGUCUCCGCCCCGCCGCCGCACGCCGUGCCGCUGCACUCGCUGCCGUCCGCCAUCCCCUUCCCGUUCCGCCCGCUCCGCUUCCUGCGGCUCUACCCCUCGGCGUUCGCGCUCUCGCCGCACCCCAUCGAGGUCUCCCCAACCCACAGGCUUGCCGCGCUCCACGCCGCCGAGGCGCAGGUCGUCGACUCCACACGCCCCGACGCCGCCGACCGCCUGCUGAGGCUGCUCAUGCUCGCCCCCUCCCGCGCGCUCCCGCUCCGCCUCGUCGCGCGCCUACGGCUCGACCUCGGACUCGCCCCGGACUUUACCAGAUCGCUGCUCCCGCACUACCCGGACUACUUCGCGCUCUCCCCCGACGGCACUCUCCUCGAGCUCGUCUGCUACAGGAAGGACCUCGCCGUGUCGGCGAUGCAGGCCUACGCGCAGCGCUCUGGCGGGUACAAGGUGGGCGACGCGCUCGCCUUUCCGCUCUCGUUCCCCCGGGGAUUCGAGCUCGACAAGAAGGUACGCCAGUGGCUGGACGUGUGGCAGAGGCUGCCGUACAUCUCACCCUACGAGGACGGGUCGCACCUGGCGCCAAGGAGCGACAUCACGGAGAAGAGGACCGUGGCGGUGCUGCAUGAGGUGCUAAGCCUCACGGUGGGGAAAAAGAUGGAGAAGGAGGUGCUGGUGAAGCUUGGGGAGGCGCUGCGGCUACCGCCGGGGUUCAGAAAGGUGGUGGCUAAGCACCCGGGAAUUUUCUACAUGUCGCACAAGCUGAGGACGCAGACGGUGGUGCUCAGGGAGUCAUACCGGAGGCACAUGCUGAUGGACAAACACCCGAUGAUGGGGUUAAGGUAUCAGUACCUGCAUUUGAUGCAUAUGGGGAAAGAAGAGGCUGGUAAGGGCAAGGGCAAGGAUCGUAAGGAUAGUCGCACUAAGCAAAUGAUUGGGGAGGAAUUCGGUGCAGAAGGGGAGGAUGAUGAAAACGAGGAGGAAUAUGACGAUGAAGAGGAUGAGGACGAAGUGGACGAGGAGGACAUGGAAGCGGGUGUUGCUUCAGAGGAUGCGGAGAGUGAUGACGAGGACACAGAGAGCGAAGCUGAAGCAAGGCAGCUGGAGACUGAACAGAAGAUACAGAUCGCAAAUUGAAACCGUUCUUCAAGAUGAUCUUGGAGGUGGCAUGUCACUGCUAUCUUGGAGGUGGCAUGAACACCCAGGGGACACCGAGAACCAGAUGUACAAUCAACUCCCGUGUCAGAUUGAAAACCUAUUAGAAGAUGGAGCAUGUUUUUUGUUUGACCCGAUUGUCAAGUAGUUAGUGAUGUUUAAGUGCAACCAUUCUUGUUCUAUCAUGGUGGUUUCACCUGAGUUAAACAGAUAUUGCUUCAGGUUUUGAGUAUAUCUAAGUCACCCAUAUUCGUAUGACAAGCUUAUACCUUAAUUUUCUAUGCUGA